CAGACAGGGAGAACCUUCAGAUGAUUCAAGACACAGAGAACCUUCAGAUGAUUCCUGACGCAGAGAACCCUCUGGUGAUUCCAGACAAUGAGACCCCUCUGGUGAUACUAGACAGGGAGAACCCUCUGGUGAUUCUAGACAGAGAGAACCCUCUGGUGAUUCCAGACACAGAGAACCCAGUGAUUAUUCUAGACAGAGAGACCCCUCUGGUGGUUCCAGACACAGAGAACCCAGUGAUUACUCUAGACAGAGAGAACCCUCUGGUGGUUCCAGACACAGAGAACCCAGUGAUUACUCUAGACAGAGAGAACCCUCUGGUGGUUCCAGAGAUUGCCAGUGUCGCUGAGGCUGUGGAAAAGGGCCCAAUGUGCAACGGACAAUCCGGCGAUCACGUCUCAGAAGCUCAUGAUGAGUCUACUGGAGAGCCAUCAGUGCAGCCAGAUGACAAAGCCAUGUCACUGGAGAGUCAGAGUCUCCCCACAGCCUCUCCUGUCACCCCUCUAAAGGAGAGUCAGAGUCCCCCCACAGCCUCUCCUGUCACCCCUCUAAAGGAGAGUCAGAGUCCCCCCACAGCCUCUCCUGUCACCCCUCUAAAGGAGAGUCAGACUCCCCCCAUGGCCUCCCCUGUCACCCCUCGAAAGGAGAAGCCCCCCGUCUCCCCCAACAAGCCCAAGCUCUCAUUGUUCGUCCCUCUGCUCCCCACGACGACAUCCUUGGAGUGUGUCCAGGUGCUGACCGCCGAGAGCCCAGUCGCCUCCAGCCCGGUCACCUCCAGCCCUGUCGCCUCCAGCCCAGACGGCCCCCCUCUGUUCGAGGUCAGCGGCGGGCAGUGCUUCACACUGCACCAGGAGGACGGAGAGGACAGCGACUCGGGCAGCUCCACGCCCAUGCUGCUGACGCAGAGGAGGGACUCGCUGAGCAGCGAGCUGUCGUCCGAGGGGAUGCCCCCGGGGAUGCACAUCCAGGACCUGCUGAUCCAGGAGCAGGACCUCGGCCUGAGCGACGAGAGGAGCACGUCGGACGAGGAUGACCAGGCCGCCAGCUCGGGGUCCUCCGGCUCCAGGGAGGAGGAACAGGGCGUGGUGGCGGACUCUCCCCACGGUAGCGCCACACUGGACGCCAGCAGCACCAGCAGCACCAGCAGCAUCAGCUCCAGCGGGGCGCACGGAGACAUGGGCACCCCCACUCGCCCCCGCACCACCGAGGACCUCUUCGCCGUCAUACACAGGUCAAAGAGGAAAGUUCUGGGCCGUGGCGACUGUGAGGAGCUGCUGCUGUCCUCGCCGUCCCCCCCGGUGACCCCGACGGGGUCGUCUCCCGGGGCGAUGGCGGCGCCCCCCCCCUCCCUGUGGCUGGGGCGUCCGGCGGGGUCCAUCCAGCGCAGCCUGCGGCGCUCGAGCACCAGCAGCGACAGCUUCAAGGCCCUGCUGCUGAAGAAGGGCAGCCGCGCAGAGGGAAGCUUCCGCAUGUCCGCCGCAGAGAUGCUCAAGUGCACCGACCCGCGCAAGCAGCGGCCGCCAAGGACCGACGCCUCCUCCUCAUCCUCCUCCUCCUCCUCUUCCUCCGCGUCCUCGUCAGAAUCCGCUCAGCCGCCCUCGUCCUCGUCCUCGUCCUCCUCCUCGCCCUCCCACACGGCGACGCCCGGUCCGGUGGAGAACGGCGUGAGCGGAGACUCGUCCCGCCUGUCGCCUGGACGCAGUCGCCGCUCCGUGGUGGAGGAGUGGUGGAGAACCGAGGGCCUGACCCAUCACCUCGCCUCCUCCUCCUCCUCCUCCUCCUCCUCCCCCGGCCACUGCGCCUCCUCUUUCUCCUUCUCCCCCACCUCCCCCACCUCCCCCGGCGCCGUCUUCAUGCCCCCGGGCAAGUCCGCUCGCUCGCGCACGCCCCCGUCGGCCGCUAGUAGCCGCUACAACGCGCGCGGCCGCAUCCCCAGCAGCCCCAUGACGGCCAUCUGCGAGCGCGAGGGAGAGCUGGCCGAGAUGAGUGACGGCUACGAGGACCAAUGGGAGCCCAGCGCCAGGACAAUGGGGCAGCACCGCAGCCCCUUCAGCCUGGCCCUGAGCCCCGGACCCACACUCUGCAAGGGGGGCAGCGCUUAGGGCCGGAGACCCCCCCCCCCCCCCCGAGACUGCACUGCGCCUGCCGCAAGGGCGCUUUUAAAGACUCUUUAGGAUUUAACCACAAUUUCACUCUGGACCUCUAAAAUCACCUCAUUUCUGACUUUUUUGUUUGUUUUUGUUCCUUUUGAGAAAUGGCUCGUGCUAGCCCACCAUUGAACACACUCACGCCAGCUCUUAACUGUCAUCCCUAUUGGUUCAGCUGCUUUUCCUUGUCCCUCCAUUUUCCUCUGCGAUAGCGGCCUCACCUCACAAGAAGUUAGCACGGAAGCUAGCACCGUUUCCCCCCCUGUGACAUUAACACUGUCGGCCCUUUUUCCAUGUGUCACGUCUCUUACGUUUAUGCUUGUUUUGCAGGUUAGGGUGUUUGGGUACUUUUUAGGCUUCCUGUUGGCUGUGAUGAGUUGGACUUUUGAAGAGGUAAUAUGAGUGAGAGCGGGGAAUGAGGGAGUUGAGUGGUUUGGAUUGGAAUGUUGUAGCAGGGAUACAUUAUUAUAUGCAUAUAGAGUUUGGCUGGAGUUAGCUCUUGGCUAACUAAAAGUUAGCGGGGUGGUGGUGGUGGCAUUCUUCACAGUGAUCCAAAUGUCACGACGAUGGUGUUCUAACGAGUUGAACUCCGAGUAGGUGUCGGGAGUGGAGCGCUCCAUGCUGUGAGAAGGAGCUGAGAGAUGGGAUGGGAACGUUCAUUAGCUGGGGAAGAGAAGGUGAGGAAGAGACACAAGGAAGGACUCUUUGCAAAGGGGGUUUGUGGAGAAGCUGGUAGAGCUUUUGUUUCAGAUUGUAGAUUUGCACUAAAUUACUGUCUCUUUUCUGACGUGUGCCGUCGUGUUCAGCAGUCCUUGAUUCGAGUGGGGAUCCAGUUAAGCAAUUGAGCUUCUGAAUACCAUUGAGUUUUAUUAAAGGUAUUUAGUAGCCAUGUCUGAAAGUAAAAAACAAAAUGACAUGCAGUUAAAACGUAUGCUGUAUAUAUUUACCAAUAAUAUUAAGCCCUAUUAUCCUGUAAGUCUUAGACUUCUUUUCUAUCAUUGCCCAAAGUCAGUACUUUGAUUCAUGAUAGCAUGUGGUUGCUAUGGACAUAACCAUGAAUAAAGAUAAGCAUUUUUAAAAGGAAAUUACUGGGCCAUACCUUGUAAAAACAAUCAACGCUUUAAUGAGAUUCAAGCCCCUACACACACACACACACACACACACACACACACACUCAUCCAAUUUUAUUAUCCAACAGAUGGUUUCGUAAAUGAGUAGGACAAUGUCAAUAUCAAUGUCAAGCAACACCCAUGUCCUUUGUCAUUGGCCUUGGAGAAGAAGAAAAAGAUCCCAACUUUGUAAAUUUUUUUAUACCUUUUAUUUUGAACAGGGGGAGUACUUUGUAGUGUUUAGCACACUGAGAUCCCAGACAAUCCCAGUUGUAUAGAGAGAGUACUAGGUGUGGGCCUCUGGGUGCAGAGGCAGGAGCUAGCGCUACCGAGAGGUGAAGCCUGUAUGCUGACCUGAAGUUUAU